AUGAAUACAGAUUUGAACAGAUAUUCAAGACAAAUCAUUACCCAUGGUCUUGAAACUCAACAGAAAAUAUAUACUUUUAAAGAAAUUGAAUUUUUUAUUAAUAUGCUCAUAAAAAUCGUAUAUUUAUUUAAGAAAUUAUAUUUGGUUUGAAGGUUCUUAUCUCAGGACUAAGAGGUCUAGGAGUAGAAGUCGCCAAAAAUUUACUAAUGACAGGCGUUUCUACAAUCACUCUUCAUGAUGACACAAAAAUCACUCUAAAUGAUCUAUCAUCCAAUUUUCUUAUAAAAGAGUCUGAUAUUGGAGGAAACAGAGCAGAAGCAAUAAUCACAAAACUUUCUAAUUAUCAUCCCCAAGCAAAACUUGCUAUCCAUAAAGGAAAUCUAACCAAAGAAAUUAUUUGAAAUCAUGAUAUUGUUUUUAUUAGUGAAAGCGAUUUAAAUACCUUACGAAAUAUCGAUAAUAUAUGCAGAGAAAUUUCCCCACAAGUCGGUUUUGUCUCAGGAGAAGCUUGGGGAGCUUCUGGUCACAUUUUUGUAGAUUUUGGGAACAAUUUUUUGGUUAGGGAGAAAUAUGAGAAAAAAUCGCAUGCAUUUUCUAUAGCAAAUAUUUCUUGGUCGAAUCCAUGCAAAAUUACAUUGAGUAGCAAUGUAAAGAAAAGCACCUUGAGGAAUGGGGAUUUUGUGGUGUUUAAAGAUAUUGAAGGAAUGGAUCAUUUAAAUGAUGGUAAGCCUAGGAAGAUUAAAAAACAGUCAUAUUUAACCUUUACCAUAGAUGAAGAUACAAGCCAAUAUCCCGCUUAUCAAGGAUAUGGAAUUGUGGAGCCAUUUUCUGUGGAAACUGAAGUGUCAUUCAAAUCUUUAAGUGAGUCUAUUGAUUUCAUCAACUGUGAAGAUAUCGCUAGAGUGGGAUGGGAUGAAGAAAGAGCUCAGCAAUUAAACUUGGCUUAUAUCGCAAUUAGAAAAUUUCAAGAAAUCCAUAAUGAACUUCCAGAAAUUAACAAUAAAAAUCAUAUAAAUGAGUGCUUAGCUUUUGCAUAUGAACUUAAAAAUUUAUCAACAUACACAUUUGAAAAUGUUGAUCAAGACAUUAUUUGCAAAGUUGCGAAAUAUGCUAGAUGCUCUAUAAGUCCAAUAGUUUCUAUUUUAGGAGGAACUGCUGCACAAGAGAUUAUUAAAUUUACUGGUAAAUGGUCUCCUAUUCAUCAAUGGUGGCAUAUAGAUUUUUUUGAUGUUUAAAAACCUAUAAAAUUAAAAUGAGGAGAAUUCACUUUGUUUAUUCCUAUAUCUCACCCAACUUUUAUUAUUAUAGGAGUAGGCUUUUAAACGUGCACUUCUGUAUGAAAGGGAAGCAAUGACAAAGCUUUUCUUACUUCGCAUCCUUCGUGCAUCGUGUCUUACCUCUUCCACUGCCCUAUAAAGGUAGGAGCAUUAGACCUAGGUGCUGGAGGAAAUUCGGAUAGAGCGAGGCAGCGUGCCAAGCCACUAGUGUCAUGGGCUCUCAAAUGGCUUUAAGGGAGUUAAAAGGGCGUACGAACAAUCAGGGCUAGCAACCAAAUCGAUGGAAAAAUUGAUCUUAUGGUCGGCCAAACUAAAGCUCAAGUUAAAUUAAGUAUCUAGCCUAACUCUAAGUCUAAGAUAUUUUAAAACCUGAUCAUGAAAACCCUGCAUUCUCAAGAUACCAUGAUACUGAGUAUAUGAUAGGCAAAGAAACUUCUACAAAAUUAUCAUCUUUAAAUCUUUUUUUGGUAGGAGCAGGAUCAGUAGGGAAUGAAUUUUUGAAAAAUUGUGCGCUAUUAGGUAUUUCUUGUGGGGAUAAUGGACAUAUUACUAUUAGUGAUGAUGAUUCUAUAGAAUGAUCCAAAUUUAAGCAAGUUUAGGUUUAGGCUGACAUUUCGAGGUGGCAAGACCAUUUUGUUGCUGGGUCAAAGCUCACCAUACUAGGACUUAAGGCCAUUAUUCCCACCGCGAAUGAUAUCAAGGCGGCUUAUUUUUUCUCAUUUCAUGCCAUUUCUUGUCCAAAACCCCGUCUUUCGGUGCGAUUAAACCCAAUUAACUUGCAUCUCCUCCGUUGGAAUGUGAUGAACUGUAGACUUGCUUCUAUCUUGCCGUAGACGAUUCCACCUCUCUGGCGACUUUGAAUCGCUCAGAGACUUGGGUAGCUUGCACAACCUAAUCUUCUUUCCACGCGCUUUGAUGUUAGUCCUAUUCGCCAUCCAUCCUAUCCCAGGAGCUCAAGACCAGUUGACCCGAUCGUAGGGUCUGGCAUGAGGAAAAGUUUCUCGACUGACCUGGGUAGAAAAAUUAAUCUAAAUAAAAGCUCAGGGUCGGUCAAGCUACUCAGACUAUGUCCAUAUUUUUUCCUAAUCCAAUUUAAGCAACCAUACGCUUUUCAAUGAGUUUGAUGUAGGAAAAUUGAAAGCAGCGACUAUUGAACGCAAGACAAAAGAGAUAAAUUCCGAUAUUAAAUUGGAUUUAAAAAAUUGGAAGGUUACUGAGAAGACAGAAGAAUAUUUUAAUGAUGAAUUUUGGGAAAAUCAAGAUAUCGUUGUUGCAGCCGUUGACAGCACAGAAUCAAGAUUAAGUGUCGAUAGUAAAUGUUUGUGGUAUAAAAGACCAGUGAUAAUGAAUAGAGUGCACGGCAUAGAAGUAUACUCUAAGACUAUUUUACCUUAUCUUACUAUUCCCUAUAAUGAUCAUCCUCAUAAAGAAGAAUCUAUUCCAAACGAAUUUCUUAUUAAAUAUUCUCCUCAUAGUAUAAACAACUGCAUUGAAUGGGCAAAACUAAAAGUUAUUAAUCUCUUCAUUAACUUGCCAAGAGAAUUCAAUGAAAUGCAAUCGAGUUUAAUAUACGAUGAGCAAAAGCAAGAGCAAUUUGGGUGCAGGCCAAUGAUCGCGCACUUUUAAUAGUGUGCAUUUCAUCGAAGAAAAUUUUUAAAUAGUGUACCAUUUGCGAAAUUUAACAGCUUUUUCGGUCAAAUGUCUCACUAUCAAAAAUGAUUUUCCCCUAGGAAAUACCUCAUUAUCAAAAACUCACGGUCAUUUGACACGGAGCAAGCAAUUUGACUUUUUGCAAAAAAUUUCAAAAUUUUCGACAUAUGAUGAAUGUGUUUUAGAAGCCAGAAAAAAUUUCCAUGAUAUAAUUAAUGGAGAAAUAAAUGAAUUAUUGGCUGCUUACCCUUCUGAUUCUGAAGGCUUUAGAGAAUUACACUUAAGAAGAAAGAUUUCACCAUGCGAAUUUAAUAUUGAUGAUGAAGAACAUAUAGAAUAUAUUAUAAAUUUUUCUAAUUUGCUUGCAUUUACAGUUGGCUUGGACCAAAAUCAUGACAAAAACUAUACUAGACAAAUUUUAUGUAAUUAUGAUAGUCUAGCAAUCGAAAAUGAUAUUUCUGAUCCUCAACAAAAGCUCCUAAAUUUUUCAAGUAUCGAUAAUAAUGAAGGCUGUAAUCUCUAUAUUGAUCUGAUUCAUUCAAUGUCAACUAUAAGAGCCAAAAUGUUUAAAAUUAAUAAGAUCCAUAAGAUCGAAACCCGUAUGAAGAUAUUGAGGACCGAAGCUUCAAUAAUAACGUCAACUUCAUUGAUUGCUGGAAUUGUUAGCAUUGAACUUAUCAAAUAUGUGCAAGGUUUAGGAUAUGAAGGUGCUUAUGAUUCAAUUUCUAACUUAUCAUCGUCAAUUAUGUGGCUAAUUAAGCCGACUCCUUCAACAAUGGAGAACUUGCAAAAAAUGCAAAAAUCAAGUGUUUUUUUGCUUAAAAUUAAAUAUAAUUUUGGCAAAAUUUUUUUCGAAAAAGUAUUUGUUUUUUGUUGCAUUUUUGCGGUUUUUGAAUCAUUUUUACAAUUUCUCCCUUCAACAAUAUAUGGAACAGUUCCUUUAGAUGAAAAUACAAAUUCCCCAGUUUGCAUAUAUAACGACAAAUUCAACAGAUGGGAUAAUAUUAACAUUGAAGGGGUACUUAAUUUGGAAGAUUUUAUAAAAAUUUUAAUUGAGAAGCACGAUGUUUUUCCUGUUAAGCUACUGUAUAAGGGAGUUGAAUUUUAUAAUAGCAACUUAAUCAUCGAAGAAAAUCAACUAAUUCCUGUACAAGAAUUAAUUGAAAAGCUCUGCAAUGUCGAUAUUUCACUUAAAAAAUCAUUAGAAAUCGAACUCAAAGGUAAAACACUUGACGGAAAAGAUUUAAUAACUCCUACAAUUAAAUAUAAAUUUAAGUAA